AAGGGCAAGCCAGAAGAAUACUGUACAACAGCUUGUCAUGACAGGAGGUCAUGUUCAAGGGGAAUUGUUGGCUCCAGAAGAUGUUGUUUCCUUGCUCAUAGAUGAUCCCCAGUUGGAGCAGAAACUAAAAGAGAUCCCACUACAGGCUAGGGAUAGACAAGGGAGAAAGGGUGGAACAAAAGGCAUUCUCGUAAAUGCUGAUGGUGAUGCUUCCUUCGAAGAUGUUACAAAUGGAGAACAUGUGAAUGGUUCUGAGUCAGGAUCUCAUGAAACAGAAAAAACCAAGACCAGUAAUAAAAAGAGAAAGGCCGCAGGUAACAAUCAAAAUAAAAAUCCAAAACAGAGACCACCCAAGGUUCCAAAACGGACAGAUUCUGUCUCCCCAGAUAAUGAUAUGACAGUGGAAGCCGAGUUAGAGCAACAAAAGAAACCGAAAAGGGCAAAGAGGGCAACGAAAAGUGUAAAUGAAACUAUCGAACCCGCAUUUACUGCUACUUCCAGUUUAUUACUAGCUUCUGAGCAAGCAGAAGAUGCUGCUACACUUGGGGGUGAGUUUCAGUUAAGGUAAUCUGUAAAAUAUAUUUAUAUUUUUUGAGGCCUUUACCAUAAAAGGUCAAUGGUACAAUUUACUUAUAACGAUGAAAGCCGAGAAGCUAAAGAAGAUUGGCCUUUUUAUUGUGUUUUGCUUAAGAGAAAGGUUGGCUGCUAGUUAGUUAAUCAGUAGAUGUUUUGUACAUGGUAGUUCAUUGAUAAUAUUUAUAUAUAUAUUUUUUGCUGCUAUCUGUUAUAUUGGCACUCUGGAAAAAGAAAAUGCAAUGAAGUAGAAUAAAUUGCAUUAGGAUAU